AUGAAAAAGCCGCAGUUUCCUCUUCCGAAACGGGGGAAACGUCGUGUUCAAAGGCGCCCAGCGGCCACGAACACCUACGUCCCUGUGCCCUAUGUUCGUCAUGGUCAGCCAACCACGAAGAACAAGGCACACCGCCAGCGCUGGGGACGAUCAGUUCAAAUGUUCAUGGCAUUGCGGGGCCGCAGGCUCAUAGAGCGGCUGCAAAAGGAUCAGGUCCUACCCAACUGGGAGGGUCACACAUGUCCUCGUUGCAGCACAGGCUCUCUUGGUAGUCUCAAAUACUUCAAGGAGAAGAAGGUUUGGGCCUACCGCUGCAGCCACCGUCAUUGCCACAAGAUGUUGCAGCCUCACGACUAUCACCCCAUCUUCUUCCUCGGUGCGGGCAACUCCCAGACAAAACUGCACGAGCAAGCGGCUGUGCUCUACGCGGCAGUGGCAGGGGUCUCUUCUCAGGCAGCUCAUCUGGUCCUGGAUAUGGACCACAAGCCAGUGGAGAAGGACAUCACCUACGGUGGCAACUGGGAGGAUGCGGAAGUCGACGAGGUCGACAUUGGCAAAAGUACCGACAACAACAUUGAGGGCGAUUACAACACGAAGUGGGAACAGUGGGGCGGCCUUGUCCAACGAGGCUGUCCUUCAUCGCUUCGUCUUUUCAAGCUGGAGCCGAAGCUCACCAAAAAGCGAGCUCCCGGCCCGGGGCCUAUCAGGAAACGAGACUGGAAGGGCAUCGGGAUGAAGCUCCUCGCCAACUCCAAGGUUGUCUUGCACAGCGACGGCGCCAAGGCCUACAAACUCAAAAUCCCGGAGGUGAUCCACUGCAACGUCGUCCACCAGACAAAGAAGGUUAAGAUCAACGGCAAGGUGCACUGGAUCAAGCCUCACUACACGAAAGUGUACAAGGUGAAGUUGCCGAACGGCAACCUUCUGAGCGUGAAAAGCGGCACGCAGAUAAUCGACCGCAACCAGGCCCUCACAAGGAAGAUUCGCUCAGCCCAGUUCACCUACUGGUUUCGCUAUGGCAACAUGUGGAAAGCCACAGGUACCAUGCUUGACUUCCUUUGGAACAAUAGCUAG